CGCGCAUAUAUCGUAUGUGAAGUGCGCUCUUACACAUCAUACACACUCCAAAGUCCAAGCAUUAGGCACGAGGAAAACCACUACCCCUAGAUACCAUAACAUUCAUAGAAAAAAGCUCGUCAUUUCAGUGGCAUCCGGGCAUGCUCCUGCCAGGCGCAAGCAUGCAAAUCAGGCGAGUCUUGUGAACCUUUUUCUCCUUUCAUGGCGAAAUUUACAGACCACAGCUUCCUAAAAGAUCUAGCCAUGCUACGAUCGCCAACCUCUUCAGACACUUUCCUCUCCUACCUUCACGAACACAAUCGCCUCGUCACAUUCAUUAACCGAGGCUCUUUCAUCCCCAGUCGACGUGAAUAUUCCGACUAUCUGAUAUGGGCUGCGGAAAAAGUUGCCCGCGAGCCCGGUGUAUUGGUUCAUUACGGCGAGAGGGUCCUGAGCAUUCAAAGCGAUGGCCUAGUCGUCUCAGUAACCUCGCUUUCCGAAAGUGGACACCCCGUAAAACGCGUCCGGAGAGGAAAGCAUCUUGUUAUCGCGCCCGGAGGAACACCGAGAGUACCUCCCUCGCUAUCUGCGCUUGCUGUCAGAGCUCCCAGUCGAACUAUCCACACCUCAGUAUAUGCGCACCGCAUCGACGGCAUUAUGCAUGAUAUCCUCAGUGACAUCAUCUUCAAACGCCCCUCAACUACGACUGGGAGUGGGAGUACCAAUUUCCGACCAGUCCGUAUCGCUGUCGUUGGAAGCGGUCAGAGCGCAGCCGAAGUCCUCCUCGACAUCCAAGCCCGUUUGGGUGUCUUCCCUCCACCUGCCCCUAGCUCCGAGCACUCAGUUCCAUCCAACCAUUCCGUCGAUCUCAUCAUUCACCGAGGAACAAAAGAAGCUAGAUCAGAGGUAAAGCGAGAGUAUGAAAAUACGAAUUAUGGUGUCGUCAAUCCCAACACCCUGGCCAAGGUCAGUAGCACUGGUAUUCUUUGUGCAAUGGCAGCUGAGCCAUAUAUACGACCAGAAAGUGGAAGACGGAGCACAUGCCCGGGGCGCACCUUCCGAUGCAUUGAAGACCCCUCGGAUUAACAUUUUCAGAUACCGAACCAUAGUUGCAGCCACUCAAUAUUACACGACUUCGGACUCUUCAUCCGACGUAGCCCCGAUUGCACACCGAGCUUCUUCGCAUUGGCAUGGAUUACUCACGCUUACGCUCCAGCACCCGGGAUAAUUACUAAGCCUCAAUCACUUGGAGCAACUCCUUUCCGAUACUCCCAAACAUAAUUAGGUGCCCUGGGGCUCCUCGGAUUGACAUUUGUGCUUGUUGGAGACUCUGGAGGUGAUAUGACGGAAGGUACCCAAUCGAGACUCCGUUCGACAUUGUUGUGCCAGAUGUCCAGGACUUUCCACGGGGAAAGCAAGGUAAUAACUGAAUAUAAUUGGAGCGUCGAGCAACUGUAUUACGGGAGUAAUAACUUGUGAGAAUUUGUUCCUCAAGUAACGAUUCAGUGGUAACCCUAA